AUGCCGUCGUUGUUGGAAGCGCUGGAGCUUAAGUACGGUAGUUCAACGACCGACUGCUCCCUGACGGACGAGGAGACAGAGUCGAGCUCGCCGAAGGCCGCCCUCUCGGUCAGCAUCUUCAUACCUAAGAAGUCACCCCGUCACACGGUGCCGGCGUUACUGGUGUUACAAGACUGCGACAUCGAGUCGGCGGGGAACGACGCGGAGAAGCUUCGCAAUAAAUGCAAAAACGUUGAGGAACUCGAUCUAGCGCAAAACAAGCUGUCCCAAUGGACGGAGGUGUUCGGUAUUCUACAACACAUGCCGAAGAUCAAGUUUGUCAACUUGAGUUUCAAUUGUCUGGCGGAAGUUCUUGAGAUCAAGCACGGUAGUUAUGAUCUGUUGAAGAAUCUAGUUUUGAACGGUACCAGGGUCUCCUGGUCGACGGUCCAAGGACUCGUUCGGCUCCUUCGUAAUCUCGAGGAGCUUCACCUCUCCCUCAACGAAUACAAGACGGUCGACCUGGACUAUCAGAAGUCAGAGAACGGUAACGAUUCGCUAAAAAAGCUCCACUUCACUGGAAAUCCCGUUGAAGUAUGGAACGAGAUCUCCAAGCUGGGAUACAUCUUCCCGAACCUGGAGAGUCUGGUGCUCGCGGAGUGUCCGAUAAGGUCGUUGGCCCUUGUGGAUAAUAGGAACUCGAACGAGGAGACGUGUUCGAAGAAAGAGACCGAGAACCUUAGCCAGGACAACGAAAACAUGAACAACGUGGACGUGGAAGAGAAUACCGUAGACGAGAAAGGUAACAGGAUAUUCAGCGAGGUGAAGGUCAACUACGAUAGGUCCGAGUCAGAAUCAGAGUCCAGUGGCACCACCAUUAAGUCCUCCCACGAUCCUUUUAGGAAACUUAGGUUCCUAAAUGUGAAUGGUACCCUUUUGUCCACUUGGGACGAUGUGGAGAGAUUGGCCAGAUUCCCGGCGCUGAAGUCGUUGAGGAUUCAGGGCUGUCCUCUUUUCGAGAGUCCUCGAGAGUACACGGAACACGAAAGGAGAGAACUGUUAAUCGCCAGACUUCCAAACGUGGAAACGUUAAAUGGCGGUGGCGUGAUAUCGUCACAAGAGCGCGAGGACGCUGAAAGAGCCUUCAUUCGAUACUACAUGGACAAACCGGAAGCUGAUAGACCCGAAAGGUAUUCCGAGCUUGUGGCUAUUCAUGGAAAGCUGGAUCCUCUGGUACACGUUGACCUAACGCCAGAGAAAAGGGUCAAGGUCACGUUCACUUACGGAGACCUGGUCGAGGUACGAUCUGUAGAUGUAUACAGAACUGUUUUCGAGUUGAAAACUAAACUGGAGACAAUGGUUAAAAUCCCCGCUAAUAGGAUGAGACUAUUCUACGUGGAUCAGGUGAUGAAGGCACAGUAUGGACCAGAAGAAAUGCUGUAUCCGAACAAACAAUUGUAUCGGUACAAUAUUCGAAACGGCGACGAAAUUAUAAUUGACAGCAAACUAAAUCGCUUCGUCUCGACGUCUUCGACUACGUCUUCCAUUCGUUCCUGAAGAAGAUUUACCAGCGAAUCGUCGGACGAUACGAAACACACCUGACGGUUGUUGGAAUCUGAUCUCCAUUGAUGAAUCCUACGGUUCAAAGGACGAGUUUGCUUCGAUCGUAGAUCGACCACGAACUUUUUUACAUAUACAUACACAGAGUAACUGUUCUAGCAAUUGUAUUUAUCGAUUGUUCAGGGUCGAGGAACGUAUCGUAUACACUGAGAACAGAUGGAAGAAACGUUAUGAAUGAUGAAUGAAUGCCCGAGGAGAAACGAGGUGGGAUAUUCACGCAGUAUGAACGUGUAAAGUGAAAUUUGGAUUAAGCAGAUUCGAUAGAGGCGACGAGCAAAACUGUGAAUACACGCAGGAUAACAAGUGUAUUAUAUUCGUCAUAUUUUUAUGAAAAAUUUCAAUGGAUACAAGCUCGUAAAGCAUAGAGGCUCUUCGAAGCUUCGCAUUAAUCUUUAGCGUAGAUUUCAAUCAAGCCUACGGGAAGAGUAGAAAAAAAAAAAAAUUGUAUAAAGUACUUAUAGUUAAGUAGUACUCGAUUUACAAAUUGUUUUCAAGUAGUACGCGUUGUCUGUUGCUUCGAAAGAUGAAAGUUAACACACCUUGACCAUUGUACAAAACAGAGAACCUGGUGACUCAAUGGUCGACUCGAUUGAGGAUGAAACAUUAAAAAUUCAUAUAGAUCUUAA